AUGCCUGCAGUUGCAACAGAUUUAGAUGCAGUUUCAACCAAGGAAGGGGGUAAGAAGCCUCAAGAUGAGAAUGUAGCUAAAUGUCCGUUUGCGCACAACAAACAUGCGGGAGAUACUGCUGAUGAUGAUUUUGGAAUAGAGACAAACGGAAAUGAACAAAAUG